AUGAGGGAGAUCCUGCACAUCCAGGGCGGGCAGUGCGGGAACCAGAUCGGGGCCAAGUUCUGGGAGGUGGUGUGCGCGGAGCACGGGAUCGACCCCACCGGCCGCUACGCCGGCGACACCGACCUGCAGCUCGAGCGCGUCAACGUCUACUACAACGAGGCCUCCUGCGGCCGCUUCGUGCCGCGCGCCGUGCUCAUGGACCUCGAGCCGGGGACCAUGGACUCCGUCCGCUCCGGCCCCUACGGCGGCAUCUUCCGCCCCGACAACUUCGUCUUCGGCCAGUCCGGCGCCGGCAACAACUGGGCCAAGGGCCACUACACCGAGGGCGCCGAGCUCAUCGACUCCGUCCUCGACGUCGUCCGCAAGGAGGCCGAGAACUGCGACUGCCUCCAAGGUUUCCAGGUGUGCCACUCGCUGGGCGGCGGCACCGGGUCCGGCAUGGGCACGCUGCUCAUCUCCAAGAUCCGGGAGGAGUACCCGGACCGCAUGAUGCUCACCUUCUCCGUCUUCCCCUCGCCCAAGGUCUCCGACACCGUCGUCGAGCCCUACAACGCCACCCUCUCCGUGCACCAGCUCGUCGAGAACGCCGACGAGUGCAUGGUGCUCGACAACGAGGCGCUCUACGACAUCUGCUUCCGCACCCUCAAGCUCACCACCCCGAGCUUCGGCGACCUGAACCACCUCAUCUCGGCCACCAUGAGCGGGGUCACCUGCUGCCUGCGCUUCCCGGGGCAGCUCAACUCGGACCUGCGCAAGCUGGCCGUGAACCUCAUCCCGUUCCCGCGGCUGCACUUCUUCAUGGUGGGCUUCGCGCCGCUCACCUCGCGCGGCAGCCAGCAGUACCGCGCGCUCACCGUGCCGGAGCUCACCCAGCAGAUGUGGGACGCCAAGAACAUGAUGUGCGCGGCCGACCCGCGCCACGGGCGGUACCUGACGGCCUCGGCCAUGUUCCGGGGCAAGAUGAGCACCAAGGAGGUGGACGAGCAGAUGCUGAACGUGCAGAACAAGAACUCGAGCUACUUCGUGGAGUGGAUCCCCAACAACGUAAAGUCGACGGUGUGCGACAUCCCGCCCACGGGCCUCACGAUGGCCUCCACCUUCAUCGGCAACUCGACGUCCAUCCAGGAGAUGUUCCGGCGCGUGAGCGAGCAGUUCACGGCCAUGUUCCGGCGCAAGGCGUUCCUGCACUGGUACACGGGCGAGGGCAUGGACGAGAUGGAGUUCACCGAGGCCGAGAGCAACAUGAACGACCUCGUCUCCGAGUACCAGCAGUACCAGGACGCCACCGCCGACGAGGAGGGCGAGUACGAGGACGAGCUCGAGGACGACGACGCCGACCUCCAGGGCUAG